AUUGAUUUUACAUAUACGUCUGCAAAAAUUGGUUUUAUACAUUAUAGAUGUAAAGAGACUAUAUUUAUCGAUGAGGUAUGCCUCGGCCCCAGUAUAUGAAAACUUGCCUAAAAAUUGUUAAACAAUUAUGUCCAUUAGUGACGUUGAUGUCUACUGUAUUUGUCAUUGCAAUUACGAUUUACAUCAAUGAGAAAGUCUCGCCGGUCUUCGUCUUCCUCUGCAUGCAAGUAUAUCUCAACUGGUAUUCGGUGUACAGCAUCAGCUGUAAGUCGAAUCCGAUGAAGGUCAAGGAGAUACAGAAUAACUUGUGCAGCGUGAUCACUCAACAGCGUAAGGUCGAACAGAUCAACAGUAUGCAAUUACCAACUCAUAACACGACCUACAAAUUCUGGCACUGCGAGAAGUGUCAAAGUUACAUGUGCAAACCGACACAGCACUGCGUCUUCUGUAAGAAGUGCUUUCACUUCAAGGAUCAUCAUUGCUUCUUCCUGGGUGCCUGCAUACUUCGCCAGAACAUGGGCAAUUUUAUCCUAUUUUGUUUCUAUACCUCGCUAACAUGCUUAUACUCCCUGUGCGUACUGGGUCCAUAUAUGUAUGAGAACAUUAAUCAUAUAGUGAAGAGCGACGCAGAUUAUUUCAAUAUAUUUCUGAACUUUGGUUUCCCUAUUGCCUUAGCGAGACUGCUGCGUUCUAAAGAUAGUUCGAGUAUACUUUUAGUCACAAUAUUUGAUACACUGAUGUCGAUCUUGUGUAUCUGUUUGGUAUUCGGUAUAUGGAAGUUGCACAGUUGUUUAACCGGCAAACAACGUUACGUUAAUGUAACAGGAAAACAAAAUCUGAAGGAGAUCUUUGGAAGUUACGGUCUAUCGAAUAUUAUCUUUCCAUAUAACGGUCUCGUAGGCACGCGAGAUAUCAAUGGCAAGUAUGAACUAAAGGAAGUAUGAGACUAGUCAAGUAAACAAUGAAUCCUAAUUAAAUCUAACACACAUAUUUCUUUAUUAUGUACUUACGUAGCAAUAAAUACAGUCAUAUGUACAAUAUACUUAUGCAUUAAUGACAGAGAACACAGAUAUGAGCGCAUUUUAUAAUUAUCAAAUAUUCUAGGAUAUUAAUGAAAUCUAUAGAUAGAUAUCCUUCCUUAACAGUUUUUGCGUACCACUUUUCAUACAUGAGUAGCGGAAGUAUUCCUGUAAUGCGUAAAUUCAGAUCGUGUAAUAAAUAAUUUGCGUAUUUCUUAUAUGAUUAAUUCAGAAAUUAAUAUUU